AUGGCCGCAAACACUACUCAUCCAAACUUCGUUUUCAUGAAAGAUGUCACGAGCCCUCAUGUUGACGAUGUGUCCCAAGUCUGCUUCACCUUUAGCGACCCAGGCCCCGGGGCUACCAAGCUCGAAUGCUUCUUUCCAGCGACGGGCACUGCCAACUGCGACAUCUCACUCGUUGAUGGAUACUCUGUCUCGGUUGGCUGUGUUCCAGCCGGCGAUAACCAACUCAUCGGUUCGAACCAGAGCCUUCUCGGACACGGCAUCCCUUGCCCCGAUCAGCAGGGUCCUUACUGUAUCAACACUGAAGGAUACGCUCCGAGCCAGUCUGACGUAUUGCCGUUCUUUCAGCAAGGAGUACAGAACGGCAACAACUACUGCAUCUGGGACAGCUGCGCGCAAGAUUACUAUUUCCCAACUGGCACUGGCCUUGAUUGCUUCGUUACUGCGUAG